AAGGGUGCCCAUUGUAUCACUCCACAGCGGAAAAUAUCUAGGCUGCGUAGGGUGUUGCGUGGUCUACUCAGUGAAACAGAACCCUCAACCUUUCCCUUCGUUUGUUUCCACCACCACAUCUUCCCCAACUUCUUCCAGGGUUUCUCCAAAAUUUAAACCAGAUCUCGGCUAUGUUCUGUGAAGUAGAACUGCUCAGGGAUGUGGCUGUCCUCGCGGAAAACUUGGAUAGAAAUGGACAUAUUUCCCAGAGGUCCAUCAUUACACGCCUUUUGGAGGACUUGCUGGGUGAAAAGGCCAGCAAGGAUCAUGGUUACUUUCUUGCAGUAACCAGCUUAAAGAGCAUAGGCAAAGGAGAGGUUGUGGAUGAGUCGGGGGAUGUUUUCUUCCCUGUAGUCUUUAAUUGCCGUACCUUCUUACCUUUCAAGGGAGAGAUUUUACAGGGAGUUGUUCACCGCAUAUUUAGGCAUGGGGUCUUCUUGAGAUGUGGACCUAUUAAAUAUGCUUUUAUCUCAGCCCGGAAAAUGCCAAAUUACCAGUAUGUUGCCGGGGAAAAUCCAGUCUUUUUGAGUAAUGAGCUUGCAAAGAUAGAGAACGACGUCGUGGUGUGUUUCAUGGUGCUUGGAGUGAGAUGGAUAGAGAAAAGGGGGGACUUCACAAAAGAAUUUGUGAUGCUUGCCGGUAUAGAAGGUGAUUCCCUUGGACCUAUUUCAUUGUCUGGAGUAGUCGAUGAAUUGGACGUGUAAAUAAAUAAGAAAGACUGCAUGAGCAUGUUUCUUUGUAAAUGAUUUCAAAGGCAAAAUGAUAUCGUUUUAUGUUCUUUCA